AUGCGCCGCGACAUGCGGCGAUACUACACGGAACCUGCACCGCUCAAGCUCGUGAAGCCUUCGCUGUCGCGCAGCGUCUCCGGGCAAGUUCCGCUGGUACCACCCGACACCGAGGGGGUGAGGCAACAGCUCUUGACAGACGGCCCGUCCACGACGCUCAGGGAUGUGGCGAAAGGCAUUAUCAGCAGGCUCCUGAAAAACCCAGAGCUGGAAGACGAAGAAGAGUUGCUUUUCUUGAGGGACUGUGUCGGGGCGAGCGUGGAGACUCUGUCCAUGCCCUGUGCACUACUGCAGCGUGAUACCGGCGAUGGAACUCCAGGUGGGUAUGACUACCUGUGUUCCAUCUAUGCCAAGCAGGUGCAGCCAAGCUCGUCUUGUCCCGGAACACCUGCCAGCCGGUCUAGAACGCCUUCCGUGGCUUUCCGACCACCAAAUUGGGACUCGAUAGACUCGAAGAUGUUGACGGCCUUCGACCAUUGGGACUUUGACAGCUUUGAACUGUCAGAAGCAACCAACGGACGUCCGCUGCAUUUUGCCGGCUGGAGGGUGCUUGACGGCUUCUUUUCAGAUGGGAUGGAAAUCGUCCUGGACAUGGAGAAGACCAGUCGCUUCUUGGAAGCUGCCGAGGAGAUGUAUCAAAGACCUGAUAAAGUACUUUAUCACAACAAUGUGCAUGCAGCAGACGUGACACAAGGCGUGCAUGCCUUGCUCGUGCAAUUUGGUUUCGCAGCUUUCUUCGAUCAGCUCAGCAUCCUGGCACUUCUCCUGGGCGCUGUGGUGCACGACAUGGGCCAUGAUGGGCGAACGAAUUCUUAUCAUGUGAAUGUUGGGGACGACAUAGCCUUGACAUGGAACGAUAUUAGCGUUCUGGAGAACAUGCAUAUCUCGAAGACGUUCAAGCUCAUGGUCAGUGAUCCAUCUUCAAAUAUAUUGGAUGGGUUGAAGCAUGAUCACCGCACUCGCCUUCGGAAAGAGAUGGUGGAGGUGGUUCUCGGUACAGAUAUGUCAUCUCAUUUCGGGAAUGUGGCUGACUUCAAGACGUUGGUCGAGAAGCUUGGGAACGACACGCAGGAGUGGCACGAAGAGAAAGCCAUGUCUGCAAUGCGGGUGAUGGUCCUCCAUGCGAUAGAUAUCUCUAAUCCGGCCAAGAUCUUGCCGCUUUCGGACAAGUGGUCAGAUCUGCUGCGACAAGAGUUCUUUCUGCAAGGGGACCAGGAAAAGGAGCUUGGCCUGCCCGUGUCUCCUCUCUGCGAUCGUGACACCGUGCGGUUCGCAAGCUCGCAGGUCGGUUUCUUUACCAUCAUCGUGCAGCCCACCUUUGCGCUGUUGGCAGAGCUGCAGCAUAGAGUGAAGGAUACCCAGCUUGCGCACCUUCGGAAAAAUACGGAAGCCUGGGAGAUACGGAAGAAGGCAGAGUGUAGCGACCAUGUAAGUCCCUCGCUUCGCGGAUCUCCACGUCAGAUUGCUGUGCCUUCCGGCUGUGCGACCAGAGGGUCCUACACGAGGCACGAGCCUGGGCCAAGCGCCGCCAGAACAACUUCGAGCCCUCCCAGUGCGCCAAGCCAAGUUUCGAGCGAGUCCAGUCCGCUGCGGAGCUUGCCUGGGGUCUCAUCUUCCAGAUGUCCCUGA